GUCGUUGUCCGACCCUUCUUUCUUCUUCGUCUCCGACUCCAAGAAACGACGCAAAGCCCUAAUCUCGAUCGGGCAUGACGACCAGCAAUCUUCCUCCGGGGGUGCUUCUUCUCGUUUCCCUGAUAUAUGUUCUGGUCCCCUUCUUCCCCCGAGAUUUCGAACGAAGAUCUAAUUUCUUUUCCUUUUCUCUCUUCCUUUCUUGAUGCUUCUUCCGGUCUCCUUCAUCCCCCGAGAUUCCGUCUUCCUAAAAUAGGGUUCUGGUCCCCUUCUUCCACGGGAUUUCGAUCGAAGAUCUGAUUUAUUUUCCUUUUCUUUCUUUCUUGACGCUUCGUUCGAACGGGAAACGUCAGCGAACCAGCACUUGGGAUCAAUGCAUCUCCAUGAGAAGAAACAUGCGCUACUUCAACGUUAUGAUUCUUGGCCAGGCAGUCUCGUUAUGAAGGUUCUUUCUAGAGGGACUACUUUAGCUGUUCCAUAUGGGUGCAUGUAGAAAGAAGACACCUUUGAUGUCCUUCAUUUCGACUGAUUUAACAAUAUCUUCUUCAAUCAUCUCUUGUUGUUGUCAUCAGUGUCAUCGGGUACAUGGAGUCCUGCAAAGUUGCCUUCAUCCUCAUGGACUGUUCAUACCACUCCCUUGUUGCUCAGAGGGUUUAAGACUCUCUCUUUUUUCAUUGAGUUUUGCAGUUGCUGUCCAAACCUUCUUAAAACUCUGUCUCAGGGGCUCAAAGGAUACUGCUGCUGCUGCUCUGGCCCUAGUCGGAAGAAAUGAGUGGGCACUGAAGGCCAAUAAGAUAAUGGUCGAGGUGCAACCAGUGAACAGGAAGAGUGCCCAAAAGCUGUCCAAGCUUAGGCUCUCCUUUUUCCUCUCGUUGUCUGGGGUUGGAGAGCUGGACAAGGCGACCGAAAACCACUUCUUUUCUAGGUUAUUUAGUGCCCCGUUCUCUGCUAGUUGCAGUAUGACUUGGGAGAAAUCAGCAACCAGAGGAGAAUCUUUGGGGAACACCUGAGUUAGAGGAAAAGCAGGGAUAGAUAAGAUGAGACUGACUCACAAAGCCAAACCCGCCCAGCCUGUGUGUCUCCCCACUGACCGUGAAAUCGUUGUACCGGGAGAGGAACACCCUGAUAUAAGGCGUCUCAAGCCUAACACAUCCUUCAGGUACUUGAGAACAAAGGCGUCGCCAUCAUAGCCAACCCUACUUCCUGGUGACACCGCUCCAAGUUUCUCAGUAACUAGUAUGGAGCUGAGGUUCGCUGUAAAGCUGGAUGUCAAAAUGAAGACCACAAGCAGCCACACAACCAUCACCGUUUUCGUGUAGUAGUUGUGGAUCCUUCCUUCAUGGUUAAGAAAAGGAAACAUGACACGGGUCAGGUAAAUCACUGGUAUGACAUACAAUGUCAAAUCCUGAUCGAUUCGGUUUACCAUGGGCGAAGAAGAUGGUGGAGAAAAUUAGCCACAGCGCAGCUCCGAGCUGGACGCACCAAGUGCCAUGGAACUCGGGAUUACUGUCGCGUUCCAGGUACCACAAAACGCCUGCGGUGUAGAUCAGGGUGGCAAGGAUAAGGAACCACACGUCUCUCGUGAAUGGCUUUAUGAGCAUCCAUGGCGUGUGGUUGGGUCUCAAGGGCACCAUCAUCGCAAGGCCUGAUGAGAGAAUCGGCUCGGUGAACGAGACAUCCACCGCCCGUUUUGCCAGGAUCGUGAAGUCCCCCACCGCUGCAUCGAUUACCUGGAACAACAUUUUUGAUGCAUCAGAGCUCGACUCACACUUGCUACGAAGAAAGAUCAUCUAUGUACCUGCAAAGGGACCCGAUUCACGAGAUCAUCGUAGGAGCCAGCGAAAGGUAUGAACUCGUAAUACAGAUCAUAGCUCAAGUGUUUCAGAAUCUCCCGAAAGACGUCAAUGCAGAAUCCGGUUAUCCCCUUCACCUUCCCAGUACUGUCAUCGUAUUCCACCUUCACGAAUUGAUCGAAGGUCGUGUGAUUGGGUACUCCGAUCCUUAGCAUGCCCCACCCACCUGGGGUCCUCUCAGUGCCUCCUGGCCAGAACACCGGACGCAGGACAUCCACCACCGGCCUCCCAUGCCCCAUCUCCGUCUCCUCCUCGAAGAAACCAUAUCCCUCUGACCAAAACCCUAGCUCCCUGUAACUCCUUCCUACUACGUUUAGGACACGGAAGGCCGAGUUUCGUCUACCGUCCUCAGGCAAGCUCCCCUCUCUUGUGAAGCUUAUGGAGCCACUCAACCCAGAAAAAUUGCCCAGUAGGACACCUUCCAACAACGCGAUGCUGCUUCUGUUCUCGGCCCUUUCUGCUGCCGCAUGAGCCAGAACAUGCACCGCGUCGUACGCUCGGACUGCAUGCAUCCCCGGUUGCUUACCCUUUGGUCCGUACUCUUGGUCGAAUCUUUGCUGGAAUUCCGAAGAGAAGUCGUGGAAGAAGCUGGUGGUCGUGUUGACGUAGGUACUGAUUCCUAUCACACCUUGCAUGUAAGAAGAGAUGAAGGAGGAGCUGAGAUCGGUGGAGUCGAGGAGGGCGGUGAUGUCGUCAUUCACAAUCCAUACGUGACCCUUUGCCAUCAUCCCCAGCAGCUUUGCCUCCUUGAACAGAUGGACGGCCAGCUCUGGUGAGGAUCGCAGGACGAUGAACAACUUCGAUAGCUGUGGAGGGACGUGCUUCAGCUUCUGGCGAACUGUAUCCGCUGCGUCGACGUCGGAGACCGUGUGCCAUGGUGGGAAUGCUAUAUGGUAGUCGAUCCGAGAACCACCGGCUCGAAGCGCAUCAGAAAGGAGAGGGAGGACUCCAGAUAUGCUGCCAUAGCUAUCAUCUUCGUACAGUACUAUGACUCUCCUCCAGUUGUAUGAUCUCACGACGUCAGAGAGGCAGCGCGCCUCGCCGGAGUUCGGAUACGACAUCCGAACCAAGAAAGGCAUCGGUGACGAGGGGGUUGGUGUCGUGGCGAGAGAGAUUACUGGAAUUCUUGCAGUGCUGCCAAGUCUUGCCAAGACCGCGACCUCCGGCCAUGUCCCCGCGCCGAUGAUUGCUUCUGCUCCCCAGUUCAUGAGAUCUUGAGCUGCACCACCACAGAUGUAUGCAUGGUAUCAGCAAUAGAUUCUCUUGCCAUUAAAAGAAGAAAUGAAUCACCUUUCGUGUAUAUUUCGAGGGGGUCGGCGCUGCUGCUAAACUCUCUGACACUUAGAAGAAGCGAUGAAGAAGAAGAGUUGAAGUGUCGGGCUGCAAUCUCAAUUGCCACCUUCUUCUCUCUCCCGACGCGAGACUCGGUGUUUACCAGCGCACCAAUGUAAACGCUAGCUGCUUUGGCGCAAUAGAGAGAGGAGCAGAAGAAGAGGAACGAGAGGAGAGAAGCACGCAUGUUGUUCUACUACAUCUUCUACGCAUCAAACAUCUACAAACUCUGCAUAUUCAAGAAACAGUUCCAGGCUGGCGAAUUCCAAAUCUUGGACCAAGAAAUCACUCAGAAAUUCACUUCGCCGACUUUGACUUUACAGGGUUGACUUACGUUUGACUUGGAAUCAGUGUGAUCAGCGACUGUGGCAGCGAAGUUUUUGGAGUGGAAACGCAUGCCGCGACUUAAAGUUGUUGACCCCAACAGGAGCGAUCCUUCUCUUGGAUUUCCAUCUCCACAAGCAACAAGAACCAUGUCUUUCAGCUUACUCUUGUGGUGGUUGGAUUCAUGUUUGUUGGACACUUCAAGUGCAAGGCAUCAUCCGAUGACAGAACCAACAAAGGAAAAGGGGAAGCAAAGAUGACUUCUCCUCCUCCUCCUCCUCCAUAUUUCUCACCCUCCAAAAUGUGGCUGCCACAUUCCAACCAAUCUCUCUUAGCUCUCUUCCUCUUCGUCUCGGCGUCGAUUCUGGUCGUCGGCACACUGCGAACGAUCGUAGAGUUUUCUUUCCUGACUAAAAUCUAUUUCUCGACAACUCAUGGAGACCCUGCUGACGUACUCGAACAAGGAUGCAAUCUCUUCCAAGGGAGGUGGGUGUUGGAUGAGCACAACUCUCGCCCUCUCUACACCGAGGAGAGCUGCCCCUACUUGACCAGGCAAGUGACCUGUGGGAGGAACGGGCGCCCGGACUCCCUCUACCAGAAGUGGCGGUGGAAACCGGACGCAUGUGAUCUGCCAAGGUUCGAUGCUUUGAAGUUGCUGGAGAGGCUGAGGAACAAGAGACUCAUGUUCGUCGGCGACUCGAUACAGAGGACGCAGUGGGAGUCCAUGGUGUGCCUCCUCCAACCUGCAGUCCCCGACGGCAAACGGUUCAUCCACAAGGAUCCCCCAAGGAAGGUUUUUAUGGCGGAGGAGUUCAAUGCAUCGAUCGAGUUCUACUGGGCUCCGUUUCUAGUGGAAUCGAACUCUGAUCACGCCACGAAGCACACAGUUCAGAGAAGGCAGGUGAAGCUGGACUCCAUCACGGAACACAGCCAGCACUGGGCGGCGGUCGACGUGUUGGUGUUCGAGAGCUACGUUUGGUGGAUGUAUCAGCCUCUCAUCAACGCAACAAAUGGCUCCCAUGACGUCCGCGAGUACGAUGUCGCCGCCGCAUAUGAACUGAUGCUGAGGACCUGGGCAAAAUGGAUCGACUCCGCUAUGAAUCCCGACACACAGAAGGCCUACUUCAUGAGCUUAUCACCAACCCAUCUUUGGAGCUGGGAGUGGAGGAACGGGAGCAACGGGAACUGCUUCAAUGAGUCGUACCCGAUUCAGCGGCCAUUCUGGGGAGCAGAAUCCAGCUUAGAUGUCAUGAGAGCAGUGGCAGAAGCUCUGCAAGGGUUGAAGGUGAAGGUGACGAUGUUGAACAUCACGCAGCUAUCGGAGUUCCGCAAGGACGCUCACACCUCCGUGUACACCGAGCGAAGAGGAAAGCUCAUCACGGGCGAGCUGAGAUUGAAUCCAGAGAUGUACGCAGACUGCAUCCACUGGUGUUUGCCGGGUGUUCCAGAUACUUGGAACGAGAUCUUGUAUACGUACUUGAUACACGGUGGUCACUAAGCAUCUGUCGUAGUACAUGAGAAUUAUACACCAUACAUUCUUCUUCUUC